GAAAGGGGGGAUGGCAACUGGGCUGCUCCGACUUUGAGCACGCGCCGCCGGCCGUCCCCCCACAAUCCAAUCGUGAGUCGGUUCUGCUUGUCGGGAGCUCCUUCUCUGUCCUCCCUGCAUUCGGGUUGGAAGGCUUCAGGUGUGCGGAAGAAGGGCGAAGAUGUCGUCUUUCGUGUUUCCCUCCUCGAACCUCUCCUCUUCAUCGUGCGCCUUCCUUGGGCAUAACACAUUGAACUCCAGUUCUAGUCGUUCAAAGACAGUGGCUCUUAGCAGAAGCAAGGAAAACUUCAGAUGCAUUGCUGAGCUUGUUGAGAAGUCUAGUGUUUCCACAGCAUACAAGACAAGUGUUACUCGGAACCCAAAUAUGGCAAAGCUGCAGGCUGGUUAUUUGUUCCCAGAGAUUGCUAGGAGAAGGUCUGCGCACAUGGCAAAGCAUCCUGAUGCUAGGAUCAUAAGCCUUGGGAUUGGUGACACGACUGAGCCCAUUCCAGAUGUUAUAACUUCUGCCAUGGCAAAGCGAGCACAUGCAUUGGCGACUAUUGAUGGAUACAGUGGCUAUGGUGCAGAGCAGGGAGACCAGAAACUGAGGGCUGCCAUAGCGGAGUCUUUUUAUGGAAGCCUGGGGAUUGACAGCUCAGACAUUUUUGUGUCAGAUGGUGCAAAAUGUGACAUAUCUCGACUUCAGCUCCUUUUUGGAUCUAAUGUGAAGAUCGCUGUACAAGAUCCUUCAUAUCCGGCAUAUGUGGACUCAGGUGUCAUAAUGGGUCAGACUGGCUUGUAUGAAAAGGAUUUGGAGAAAUAUGCAAAUAUCGAAUACAUGAGAUGUUCACCAGAUAAUGGCUUCUUUCCUGACCUGACAAAGAUUUCAAAAUGUGAUAUUAUUUUCUUCUGCUCUCCAAACAAUCCAACUGGUUCUGCUGCAACAAGAGAGCAACUGAUUCAGCUGGUAAAAUUUGCGAAAGAUAAUGGGUCUAUCAUUAUCUAUGACUCUGCUUAUGCGAUGUACAUAUCAGAUGACAGUCCACGAUCUAUCUAUGAAAUUCCUGGAGCUGAAGAGGUUGCAAUUGAGACUGCAUCUUUUUCAAAGUAUGCUGGGUUCACAGGAGUACGUCUUGGUUGGACAGUGAUUCCCAAACAGCUUCUGUUCACAGACGGCUUCCCUGUGGCCAAGGACUUCAACCGAAUUGUUUGUACUUGCUUCAAUGGUGCAUCAAACAUUUCUCAAGCUGGAGGAAUUGCAUGCCUUUCAGAAGAGGGAUUAAAGGCUAUGCUAGAUGUGGUUAGCUUCUACAAAGAAAACACAAAGAUUAUAGUAGAAACUUUUACAUCACUUGGUUACAAAGUCUACGGAGGGAAGAAUGCACCAUAUGUGUGGGUCCAUUUUCCAGGGCGCAAAUCGUGGGACGUUUUUGCUGAGAUCCUUGAGAAGGCACAUAUAGUUACGACUCCUGGCAGUGGGUUUGGGCCUGCAGGUGAAGGAUUUGUUAGAGUAAGUGCCUUUGGUCAUAGAGAAAAUAUCUUGGAAGCCUCAAAGAGAUUGAAGCAGCUUUAUAAAUAAGAGCUGCUGGUUCGCUUCUUGGUGAUCAUUGUGCAAUCUUCAGAGAGCUUCGUUGGCAGGUUGGUGUAUGAUGAGUAAGGAGCCUCUUUAGUAGUUGAAUUCACUGAUUGAGUUACAAAGCAGUAUGUCUGCUUAUAAGCAGAUAGAGAACUGAUCUUCUUGCCAAAUACACCUGUUUGUUUUUAUCCUUUAUUAGAUUUUUCGGUUAUCAUAUGGGGGAAGCAUACAUGGGAUAGGAUGGGUGGCUGCUUGCUUCCUUUCUGCUUUUCGUUCCAUGUCUAGGGUCACGGUCCUGGUGGCUUUAACCACUGGGUGCUUGACUCUCAGACAAGCUCCUGCUUUACCUUUGCGAGAGGGGACGCCAUAUGUGGAGGCUUGAACUGAGGGCAUGCUCAUAAACAUGCUUACCCCUACUUGGGCAACCUCUUUCUGUGGCCACACUAAAGGCCAAAUAAAGCCCUGAGGGACUGUUUAAACCUUGCUUUCAGUGGUAACCUGGUUUAGAAUUUAAGGGAGACUAUUCAGUUGGAAAAGGACUUUCGCUUUUCUGUUGCUAGUCAUUUUUGUUAUUGGUGUUGAACAUCAAUUUUACUGCAGGCGAAGGAGCUUUGGUACAGUUGGCACCCAUGAGGUUCAUAAUGUACUGUUCCUUAGCAAGGCAGCUGAAAUAACCAUCUGUAUCUGUCUUUGGUCAGCUUGUCUUUGCGCUGUUCCUUCAUCAAAUAUUUUUUGCAGGAAGCCCCCACAAAUGCAUUCUAGAGAACAUUGAUUAUCUCCAUUAGCAUAAUAAAACUUCGGAACGUGGUUGAGUGGCUCUUACGUACUGGGAGUUUUGUUCUGAUCAUUUUCUGAUGCUGUGAUGCACAGCUCUUGUUUUAAGUUAGUUAAAACCGGAAUUGUCAUUAGUUGUUUAUGUUCUUUGAUGUAAACUAUAUGUUUUUGUGUUCAAUCAGAUACAAAUGAGGAUGAUUAAAUGUUGACCCAACAGUAAUGGCUCAAAUAAAUGAGAGUUUGAAUCU